GUGUCUGGGUCUGUCUAGCGAAGUUUGGAUACACUCACAAGCAAAAACUUAAGCCACCGAAAGAAAAAAAAAAACAUUUUUUGAAGGAGAGUUUUCAAAAUCCCAGCCCUCGGAGUGGUGUAGUAUUAACCAUGAGCAAGAAAAAUUACCGUUUGCAAAUCAGUUAUAUUAAUAUUGUGGCUUUUAUCCAAAGGGCUUCAUGAAUAUUUAACUUCAAGAAUAAUUAUCCUAGGUAGAAAAAUUAUUAGUGUUUCCCUUCAGUUUACAUACAGAGUGCACAGUGAAGCUGCAAAUUAAAUCCUAGCAUCCCUGUGCUUCAUCUAGGUCUUCUAGGCUAUAUUACAAAACAAAUGAAUGGCUAUUUUUACAUAACUAAUAAAUACCGAGUGAACCAAACUCUUUGUGAACAUCAAGUGGUACUACAUCAUCAUAACCUUUGGAAGGUUCAGUUGUCACUGGGUGUCGGUGAGGCGCUAAAUGCGUUUAAUUUUUUAACAAAAGGAGGGGGAGAGAUCAAAGGAAUGGAAAAUAACUGGCCAGAAAAAAAACCCCAAGCCUCCUGAGUCCAGGCCAUGCCCAUCUUAACUGUACCUAGUGUGGAUGUAAUUAUCACCCUCGCACUUGACAGUCGGUCAAUGCUGACAGCUCAUGUCUGCGAAGCGUUAACUAUACCUUCUUGUUACUGUGGAUGCACUGACCCCACCGCCAGUCUCCUCGCCUUGCUUUUUUCCUCCAGGUGGAAGUCCCACUGAAGAGAUGGCAUCAGGAGAUUUCUGCCUACCUGGAGAGGGUAUGGAAUUACUCCAGCAAGUGUGCAGCAAACAACUGCCACCCUGUAACCUGACUGAAGAAGACCUCUUGCAGAACCCUCAUUUUAGCAAGCUCCUGCUAAGUCUCUCUCAGUACAUGGAUGAGAGUGGUUUAAGCACCACCCUUGCAGAAGAGCAAGCUGAGGCAUGGAAGGAGGUCCGGCUGCAAAAGACAGCAUGGCUGAGGUCAGAAAUUCUGCAGAGACUUAUACAGGAAAUGCUUGUGGACUACUAUGUGAAGACACAGGACACAAAUCUGACCCCAGAGGAUAAAAAGUUUCAUGAAUCCCUUGAGCAGAGGUUACUAGUGACUGAACUGACUCGACUUUUGGAUCCAAGCCAGAAGAAAGAGAUGCCACCUUUGCUGGGCCUGGAGAAGUCAGACUUGCUAGAACUGAUGCCCCCUUCAGAGGAUUUUGUGAGAAUGAGGGAGUGUCUCCAGGCAAAAAUUGAGGAACAACUGAAGAAGAAGUGUUUCACUCUGCUCUGCUACCAUGAUCCCAGUUCAGAUUCUGACAGUGAAACGUUGAAAGCAGCAAAGGUAUGGCAGCUGGCAGAUGUGCUGACAAGUGAGAAGCAGGAGAACCAGAGCGCCAAGAAACAGCAGAAGGAGCAGACCGUGCUACUUGAAAAGCAGAGUUCCACCUAUUCUCAGGUACUCCUCCGAUGUCUUUCACUGCUACAGAAGCUUCUUCAGGAACACCGGCUAAAAACACAGUCAGAGCUGGAUCAAAUUAAUGCCCAGUACCUGGAGAUCAAGUGUAGUGCCAUGAUUCUGAAGCUAAGAAUGGAGGAGCUACAGAUUUUGUCAGACACUUACACAGCUGAGAAGGUAGAGGUUCAUCGCCUCAUUAGGGAUAGUCUGGAGGGGGCCAUUCGCCUACAGGAGCAAGACAUGGAGAAAUCACGCCAGAUCUUGAGCACUUAUGAGGUGCUAGGUGAGGAGUUUGACAAGUUGGUGAAGGAGUACACCCAUUUGAAGCAGGCAACCGAGAAUAAGCGCUGGGCUCUUCAGGAGUUUAAUAAGUCUUACCAUUGAGUUUUGUAGAAACCAAGGACCUGGGUCCUUCUCCCUCAAGAGCACACAUUGUUGUCCUGUUUCUUCUAUACAAGUAUUGCCUUCUCACUCUCAAAAGGGGGAAUGAGGAGACGCCACUCAUACACGUAAUAACUCUGGUGGACUAGGCAUUCUCCUAGUUUCUGCAAUAUCCUGGCCUCCUCCAAUUCCUCCCUAGGAACACAUCUUGCGGCUUCUUAGGAAAACCAAUCCUGCCUUUUGUCCAGUUGUUCCCUAAAUAAAAUGAUGAUAUGG